AUGCAUCAGAAAAGUUUCCCAAAGUGGCAGCAUCAAGCGGGCUGCUACUACUUCUACUACUUCUACUACUUCUACUACUUCUACUACUUCUACUACUUCUACUACUUCUACUACUUCUACUACUUCUACUACUUCUACUACUUCUACUACUUCUACUACUUCUACUACUUCUACUACUUCUACUACUUCUACUACUUCUACUACUUCUACUACUUCUACUACUUCUACUACUUCUACUACUUCUACUACUUCUACUACUUCUACUACUUCUACUACUUCUGCUACUUCUGCUACUACUUCUACUACUUCUACUACUGCUACCAUUUCUUAGUGUACUCGGCAGCAGAGUUGAGUAUUUUUAAGUGUGUCUGCCGUCUGGGGUCUUGGACUACAGAACUGGUGUGCUGA